AUGGAAACGGAAAAGGUCGUGCCAACUGCGCGAGAGCGGCAGAGUUUCGAUAUUGCCAAUGAUGAUACUUUCGACCUCAUCCGGCAUGCCCAGGAGAGCGACGCAGCAGACAGGCUGUUGACCAUCCGGCAAGCUCUUCACAAAUACAAGAAAGCUGUUUUCUGGGCGAUGUUCUUGUCGACCAGUUUGAUCAUGGAGGGUUAUGACCUCGUCAUUAUCACCUCAUUCUACGGGCAGACGCAGUUCCAGAAUCGUUUCGGCGUCGAAGAUCCGAGCACAGGCAAGAAGGCUAUUCCUGCAAGCUGGCAGUCCGGCCUAUCCAACUCGGCGCUUGUUGGCCAACUGGCAGGCCUUUUGAUCAACUCCUAUACCCAAGACAGGUUUGGCUGUCGUCCAACCAUGAUGGCUUUCAUGAUAUGGAUGGCUGUGGUGCUUUUCAUCCCUGUCUUCGCCCCAUCCCUGUCCGUGCUCGCCUUUGGUGAAUCAAUGUGCGGUAUCCCAUGGGGUGUAUUCCAGACACUUUCGACAACCUAUGCUUGCGAAGUCGUGCCAACGGUGCUUCGACCAUAUGUGACCGCUUAUGUUUGCAUGUGCUGGGGUGCCGGUAUUUUGCUGUCCUCCGGGGUCGUCCGAGCAGUGGCUGGGAUCGACGGUGACCUCGGUUGGAGGCUGCCAUUCGCCCUCCAAUUCAUCUGGCCUAUUCCUCUGUUCAUUGGCGCCUAUUUCGCGCCAGAGUCACCAUGGAACGCGGUGCGACGGGGCAAGUUUGAACUGGCCAAGAAGAGUUUGAUGCGGCUCAGACAGGAUACACCAGACAAGGAGACGGAAGUGGAAGCUACCCUGGCAUACAUCAAGUACACGACAGAGCUGGAAAGGGCCGAGACAGAAAGCGCCAGCUUCCUCGAGUGCUUCAAGGGCACCAACUUGCGCCGUACUGAGAUUAACUGCGUUGUCUGGGCCGCCCAGAUCCUCUGUGGCAAUGCUAUCCUCGGAUACUCGGUCGUGUUCCUGGAAGCAGCCGGCUUUUCAGAGCUUCAGGCUUUCGACGUCAACAUUUCGCUAUCGGCUUGCUAUAUCAUUGGCGGCAUCAUUUGCUGGUUCAUGUUCCCGCAUUUGGGUAGAUCUACCAUCUACAUGGGCGGCUUGACGUUCAUGUUCUUCUGCCUCAUCGCAAUCGGCGGACUAGGCUGGGCUCACAGCAAGGACUCACAGUUGGCUAUCGGCAUCUUGUUGGUCAUCUCGACUCUCUGCAACAUGAUCACAAUCGGACCAGCCUGUUAUCCCAUCGUCGCCGAGACUCCAUCAGGCAGGCUGAGGUACAAGACCAUUGUCAUUGGCAGAUUUGUGUACAACCUCACCGGCAUCUUUUCUAACUCAGUCACACCGCGCAUGAUUUCUUCUCUGUCAUGGAAUUGGGGAGCCAAGACAGGUCUCUUCUAUGCCGGCACGAACCUCCUGUGUAACAUAUGGUGUUGGUUCCGUCUGCCAGAGACCAAGGAUCGCACCUUUGGCGAAAUCGACUUGAUGUUCGAGAAUCAUGUACCGGCCAGAAAAUUCAAGCAUACCAAGGUCGACCAAUUCGCUAUUAUCAGCUCUGAUGCGCAAAAGGAGAAAUUGGACGAGAAGAACGUCAACCAGGUGGAGCAUCGAGCAGAUGUCGCGUAG